AUGGCCCAGGAGAACGAAGAACAUCCAGCAGAGAAGGAGGAAGACCGCAGUCCCGGGGAAGCCUUCCUUCCCUUCGUCAAAAUGGACCUGCUGUACAACAAGUUGAAGAUGCUUAACUACGACAAAGAAUUUCUUGCCGUUUUUCCAACAUUCAAGUCAAUUGAUAGGUUACUAUUUGUUAUGGUUGAAGUAAUAGUCAAGGUUAAUGUGAACCGCCUUAGGAGGUAUUUUGUGGACGAGAUCAACAGCGGCGAACAGUUCUUUAUGUUCGUUAACUUGGCCUCAUGGCUGAUUCGAAAAUGCGGCAGAGUUCAUUUCAAGACACCGCUUGAAGGUGUACCAAGUCAAUUUACAUCAAGCAAGUUAAAGGCAGGGGCUGGCGAUCAGUGCAUCGCCGUGCUGACAGCGCUAGCGGACCAGGCGCUGCAGAAGACAAAUUUCUCAUUUCAAGCACCUGAAUUUCCGGUAGAUGAGCCAGGCGGCGAUUCCACGGUAAUUCAAGAGGCAGAUAUAGAGAGCGACCAGCCUCAGGAAGAUGAAUUUGACAUUUCGGAUGAUGAAGAAGACGAACAAGAUGAAGGUUUCAUAGAUUUAGAGAUUACAAAACAUCAUGACCAACUGAGAAAACCGAAACAAAUGAUAGAAAUUAGCGAUAUGAAGUGGCAGCAAGAAAUCGACCGGGUCACUCCGUCGUUGAAGAUAGUCAUCAAACAGAGGGCUGCGAUUCUACUUCAGAACUGGCGAACUCACCUGCAUGCAAUAAAUCAGUUCAAAACGGAACUCAGCUCUGUUCGGGAAUCGCUUGAAGAGUCCCUCGGAAAACUGUCGAAAGACAUUGCACGAACUCUGGAUACCAUUGGCUCUAGAGAAAAGUACUUGAAUGCACAACUUGAGCCGCUGUUGUCGAAACUGCGCAGUACUCAAGACCAGCUGGCAGAAGUUAAAGAAAAAUACCGCGAGGCCAGCGGAGGAAUUAUGGAGAGGGUAAAGACGCUAUCGCAGGUUUCAGAAGAGUUGGAACAAGUCAAGCAGGAAAUGAAAGAGAGCAGUUCACGGUUGACCGACGGAACACCUCUGACAAAGAUUAAGCAAGCAAUCAGUGCCCUAAAAGAAGAAAUCACGCUGAUGCGUGUGCAAUCAGCCAUGAAUGACCAAAUAAACGUUGCAGAGAAGCAGCCUUUCGACAUAAAUCCAACACUGUACAGCGCAUGA